AUGGAGUAGCUAGUCCAAGCAAUAGGAGUUUUCGUCAAUCCUUAAAGUUAAUCAGAGUAGGUUAACCAAGCAGAUAAAUAUUUAAAAAACAUUGAAAGAACAAAGGAAUGUUGGCUUCUCGCUUUAUAAAUAUUAGAAAUCCCUAAAGGAAACUUUUAACAAGAAGUUUAUUUAUUAGCAGCUAAAAUGUUAAAAUCUAAAAUGGAAUACGAUUUUGCUUAACUUUCUGCAGAAGAAUAACAAGAACUUCCUUCUAAGUUGAUGAGAAUUAUUUAACUCCACAAGGAAGGAUCUAGAGGAACACAAUCUUCUCUUGUAGACGCCUUUAUAUUUUGCUAUCUUCACAUGUAUGAUAAAUGGCCAGAUUUCAUAGAUUUUAUGAAAUCUAACUUCUAUACUGACCCUUCUAUGCAAAACUAUAUAUUUUUAAUAUAUGAGUAUCUUCCAGAUAAUGUCUAUAGUACCACUAUUGUAAUUGAUGAUGAACACAGAAACAAAAUGAUUACCUACUUCAAAGAGAAUUUACAAAAGAGAGUAGUAGAAGAGUUAAAUUUAAUAGCUUAAAGCUAAAACAUUAAUGAAAAAAGUUAGUACUCUUUGCUUAAAAUUAUGUCUAAUUGGGUUGAUUUUAAGACAAACUCUUCUUUACUUUCUGUUUUGUAAAAUCAUGCUGUCUUCAAUUUAGCUUUAAGAAGUAUGAAUAACGAAACUUUGCAAAAGUACAGUGCUAAAACAAUUGUAGCUGCCCUUCGUUAGUUAAAAAACCAAAAAGAAUAGCUUGAGUACAAAGAACUCUUUUUACACAUUGCAUCAUUUGUUUUUAACUAUUUUACUGAUUGUGAACGUGCUUAUUAAAAUGAAGACUAUGAAUCUGUCUAAAACUAUUCUUUAGUAUUCUCAAAAUUUGGCUCCCGCGCUAUUUCUUAGUUUAUGAACCCUGAUUCAAUAGAUGCAGCUUGUGAAUAGUUCCUAUUAAAUAUGCUUAAAGUAACAAAAUAUGAAUCCGCUGAACAUGAAGAAGAUCUUGCUGAUUUUUGGAUUGAAUUUUUGUUAAAAAUAAUUGUUAAUAAAGAUGCUAAUCAAAAGAAGAUCUUAACAGAUCGUUACACUGUGCUUAUUUAAGAUUUACUAAAUACUUGUAUAUUAAAAUCCAUGUAUGACCAAGAGAUAUUUUAACUUUUCUAAGAAAAAAACUCAAAAGAAAUAGACAAUAUGAAGGAAGAAUUUGAGAGCAAAAACAAAUUAAGAUUCCACAUGAAAGAAUUAGUCAACAAUAUUAGCAAUUUAAUCGGAGCUGAGUAAUUUAUUAGAUACUGUGCAUUUUAAAUGUAAAGCAAUGGCAUUUUGGAAGAAAUCGGACCUAAUUAUCCCAUCCUUAAAGCAAGAUAGUUAGAAAGUAUUUUAUCAUGUCUCAAUGAAGUUGUUUUUAAAGCUAAAAGAAAUGAGCCCAUUUUGCCUAACUAAGGAGAUGAUGGUAAUUUGGGAGAUAGUGAAGAUGAAGAAGAUUACAGAGAAAUAUUUUCAGAGACUUCGAAGACACACAUUUUUGAUAUAUUACAAAAUGUUUUAAAGGCUUAAUAUGUAUGGAUAAGACUCAAUAGAACUAUUCUCAAUUUAAUUAUCUCCAGUUCUGAUUUCUUACAAUAAAAUUUAGAAGUCUGUGGAUUGGCCUUUGAAUUAAUAGUCCUCCACCUAGAAACACCUUUGGUUACAGAUUUAUCUUAAAGUGGAUUUGAAGUUUUGUGCAGAGAUUGCCCUUUGUUUGUCUAAAAAAAUAUUGAAACAUUCAUUUAGAAAGUUUAUAGCAAAAUGAUGUUUAAUUAUAAUAUAAUUGCUGGUAUUUCCCAUGCAAUUUGUGCUACUGAUGAGUGUAUUAGUUCCCACCUUAUCAGCCUUUGUUCUCCAUAUGCAAAUGACAUUUUAAAUUACACAAAACUUCCUAUUGAGCAAUAAAAUGAUAAGGAAAUUAUUGAAAGCCUUAAAAAGCCUAUUAAAGCAAUUAAAAAUAUAAUUUAAUGUGUACCAGAGCGUGAACAAUAAGGUGCUUUCCCUCAUAGUAUCCUUUAGGAAAUAUUUAAAUAAAUCUGGGAUGUUCUCAAGUUUAUUAUGGAAAAUAAGAAAAACUAUACAAGCUUGAUUGAAAAUAUUGUCUCUGUAAUUAAGCAAUUUAUCGUCAAGAUGAAUGUUGAUUUUGACAUCUUUUUCAUUGAAUUCCUCCAACAAAUUAUCAUUUUAUUCAAGCAUACUUACUAAUCAGGAAUUCUAUACAUCAUUGAAAAAUGUGUUAAAAUAUUUUAAAAUAGUAAAUAUCAUGAAUAAUUUAUUCCUUAUCUUCAACAAGCUUUUGAAACCUUGGUUGAGACUACACUUUAAAACUUAAAAUCAAUUAAUGAUUAUACUGAAAACCCAGACCUAGUUGAAGAUUUCUAUGGCUUUGUGGGGCGUUUUUUGAAAUAUUUCCCUUCAAUUUUUUUGUCUAGCAAGUUUUUAAACAAUAUCCUAAGUUCUGUUUAAAUUGGAAUUCAAUUAUAGCACAGAGAGGCAGCCAAAGCCCUUUUUGCUUUGAUGGAAUUACUGUAUGAAAUAAUAAGUCAAAAUCAUAUUUAAAAGAUUUAACACCUUGCUCAUCUUAUUGAACCUUACAAAAAUUCUUUAAUUAACUAAUAUACUCUUUAAUAUAACGUUUUGCUAUUUUAGGAGCUCUCAGAGGUUCCAAGCAAGGAAAUACGUCAAUAUAUUUAUGAUAUCUUUAUUGCAUAAAUCAGUUGUUUUGGAUCUGCUUCAAUUAAUUUCUUCUACCCAAUACUCUAAAAUAUCAAAGAAGAUAUUUGCACCAAUAAAGAAAAAGAUAAAUUCUGCAAAAUACUUUCUAAUUUAUAAUAAUAACAAAUGGAUGAAUAGGCAGAAGAUGAAAUAGCUGAUUUCUUUGUUCUUUUAGGUGAAAGAUUUAAGAAGUCAUAUCGUAGAAAUAAUUGA